AUGAAGCGCCUCAAUGCCGUCGCCGUCGGCCUGCGGCGCCCCGCCGCCGUGCUGCCGCAGCUGAAUCCCCGCCGCGUCUUCCUCCGCACCGCCUUCACCCAGCCCGACCGCGUCGACUUCCAGGCCAUUGACGCGAAAUGGCGCCAGCGCUGGGCAGACGCCGCCUCCACCAAGCCCAAGCCUCUGCCUCACCGGCCCACCGCCUAUGUCCUCCCCAUGUUCCCGUACCCGUCCGGCAUCCUCCAUCUCGGCCAUCUCCGCGUCUAUACCAUCUCCGACGUCCUCGCCCGCUUCAAGCACAUGCAGGGCUACGAUGUGAUACACCCCAUGGGCUGGGACUCGUUCGGUCUGCCUGCUGAGAAUGCGGCUAUCGAGCGAGGCAUUGACCCCGCCGAAUGGACCCUCUCCAACAUUGCCAAGAUGAAGGAGCAGCUGGGAGGAAUGAACGGCCGUUGGGACUGGGAUAGGGAAUUCAUGACCUGUGACCCGUCCUUUUACAAGCACACCCAACGCCUCUUCCUCCUUCUGCACGAGCGCGGUCUGGCAUACCAGGCAAAGUCUCUUGUCAAUUGGGAUCCCGUCGAGAAGACAGUCCUCGCAAAUGAGCAGGUCAAUGCCGAUGGUACCUCGUGGAGAUCCGGCGCCAAGGUUCAGCAAGUCGACCUCAAGCAAUGGUUCCUCCGCAUCACCGACUUCAAGGAACAUCUACUCAACGACCUCGACCUGUUGGCCAAGGACAAUCGCUGGCCGGAACGCGUGCUGUCUAUGCAAAGGAACUGGAUCGGAAAGUCUUCGGGCUCCAAGCUCCGCUUCCAAGUCAAGGCUUCUCAGGGCGACAAGUCUCUUACUGAGGUCGAAGUCUUCACAACUCGUGCAGAUACCCUGUUUGGUGUUCAAUACAUUGCCCUUUCUCUCAAACACCCCCUUGUGUGGGAACUGGCCAAGACGAAUCUCAUUCUGAAGACCUUCUUGGCAAGGGCCAAUGGGUUUUCUCCAGAUUCCAAGGAUGGCUAUCUUCUCCCAGGUGUAUACGCUAUCAACCCGGCAUCCGAAUUCGCCACGCCAGACACCAAGGUCCAGAACCCGCUGCCCGUCUACGUAGCUCCCUAUGUUCUUGAUGACUAUGGAUCCGGAGCCGUCAUGGGUGUGCCCGGCCAUGACUCUCGUGACUUCGCCUUUUGGAAGCAGAACCGGCGUAGUGAGCCCAUCGUGACGGUGGUGACUCCUGAUGGUGUCGACCGAUCAUCUGCUCAAGUGGGGGAUGCCGCCUAUGUUCACAUCCGCAAAGGCAUCCUCACCAGUGCAUGUGGUCCUUUCAAAGGCCUCGACUCGGAUACCGCCAUAGACCGGAUCACGUCCGAGUUGCGCAACAAAGGGCACGAUGCUGAGCCUGUGGAAAACUGGCGGCUCCGCGAUUGGCUGAUCAGCCGUCAGCGGUAUUGGGGAACUCCCAUCCCAAUUAUCCAUUGCAAGUCCUGCGGUCCCGUCCCCGUCCCGGAAUCCGAUUUACCGGUUAAACUUCCCAAGUUGAAGUCGGGCCAGAUUGGUCAAGGCGGUAACCCGUUGGCUGACAUUCCCGAAUUCGUGAACACAAAAUGCCCAAAGUGCAAGCGCAAUGCUACUCGCGAGACGGACACGAUGGACACAUUCAUGGAUUCUUCCUGGUACUCCUUCCGCUUCGCUGACCCGCACAAUGAAAAAUCGCUCGUCGAUCCCAAGAUCGCGGAUGCCCGGCUUCCCGUUGACGUGUACAUUGGUGGCGUCGAGCAUGCCAUUCUCCACCUCCUCUACGCCCGCUUUAUAUCCAAGUUCCUCUCUACUACCCCGCUCUGGCCUAGUGGCGGCGGCCCAGACAACAAGGGGGAGCCUUUCAGAAACCUCAUUACGCAGGGCAUGGUCCAUGGCAAAACUUACACUGACCCAAAGACCGGCCGUUUUCUCAAGCCCGACGAAGUCCAUGAGCCGGUCGGUUCCAAACCAGUCAGCAAGGAGACGGGGAAGGCUGUCCAUGUCAGCUUUGAGAAGAUGUCCAAGAGCAAGUACAAUGGGGUGGAUCCCGCUGAAUGUAUUGCCAAGUACGGCGCCGAUACAACGCGUGCGCACAUGCUUUUCCAAGCUCCCGUCACCGAAGUCCUUGAGUGGGACGAGGCUAAAAUCACCGGCGUUCAGCGAUGGCUGCAGCGCGUCUGGCGUGUCACCCAAUCGGCUGCCAAAUUGCAGAUACCGGAGCAAUUUCACAAUCAGAGGCUCAAGGAUGUGGCCAUCGCCGACGACGUCACCCUGGCCUUGCACCAAACGAUCAAAUCAGUCAGCACCUCCUUGUCGUCGACCUAUUCGCUCAACACCGUCAUCUCGGACCUCACCAAGUUAACCAACACCCUCGAUGAUCUGCACGCGAAGUUCCUCAUGGACAACAUCUGGGACGAUGUAGGCGCGCAGAUGUACUUUGCGCAAGCCUACCACCGCGGCGUCAAAGGGCUCCUCACCAUGCUCGCCCCCAUCUGCCCCGCCUUCGCCGAAGAGUGCUGGGAAAGCCUCCACCUCGCCCUCGCCACCUCGCAGCGCGCCUGGUCCGGCAGCGCCGACGACCCCAUCCUCGCCGCCGCCACCGGCGCGGCCGCCGACCCAACCGCCCCCGCCCCCAUCCACAGCGUCUUCGACCAGCCCUUCCCCUCCCACAGCGACGACCUCAUCGCCGCCCUCUCCAACCGCACCCUCACCGCCGCCGUCCAAGUCAACGGCAAGCUCGUCUUCACCCUCGAGCUCCCCGGGCCGCCGGACCACCUCCUCGCCGCCGACGCCGCCGCCGCCCCCCACCACCACGACGCGACGGACCCCCUCGCCGCCACCGACGCCGCCGCCCUCAACACCGACCGGGACGCCGUCCCCACCAAGCACUUCGCCAAGAAGCCCCUCGAGCGCUGGCUCGCCGCCCACGUCAUGGCCUCGCCCAGGGGGCGCAGGAUGUUCGGGCCCGCCGGCAGAUUCGACCAGCACAACCCGCAGAAGAGGAUCAGGGCGAUGGUGGUCGUCAAGGGCGGCAGGACGGUGAAUUUCGUGCUGACGAAGCUGCCGUUGAAGAAGAUGAAGCAGAUGGCGCAGCAGGAGGUGGUGAGGUAUGAGAUGGAGGAGGCGAAGGAGAGGAGAGAGGAGGAGAGGGAGAGGAAGAUGAGAGAGGAGGAGGAGAGGAAGAAGGGGGAAUGA